AUGAGCUCCAGGCAUCGUGACCCGUGCAAGAGCCCUUCGUUGCGUGCCGCAACGCCGCGGACCCCGCGCCGAGCGCAACUGCGCGCGUCGUCAGAGUCAACCUCACCGAGGUGCAGCAGCGGCUCGGCGCCGGGCCUUAUUGUGACGCGGGGUUUGUAUAAAGUUCUUGAGGAGGAGAUGCAGGAGCGACCUUCGGCGAGGCAGGCGAGCUCACGGGGCGGCGGACAGGGCGCUCGCCCCAAUUUUCUCUUCUGCUACCUCUGUGGACUACAGUUCGGCUCCGCCAGCUUGCCCAUCCAUCAACCGCAGUGCUACGUCAAGAAGCUCAUUGAGUGGGAGCGCAUGGAUCCGGCAAGGCGAGGCCCAAGGCCGCUGAACCCGGAGGAGCACGAAAAACAGAUGAAGGAGUGGACCACGCUUGGUGGGGCCAGCGGCGCCAGCGCAGGAGGCAGACUGAGGCGCAAGCAGCUCGACCGCUUCAAUGAGCUGCAGAUUGAGCACUUCAACACGAAUAUGCUUUUAAAGUGCGGAAACUGUGGACGGACGUUUCUUCCGGACCGCUUGGAGGUUCAUCAGCGUAGUUGCAAACCGGGCGCGGCAAGUGCGUCGCGGCCGGUAACCCGCCCAUCCGCUGGCCGAAACGCGUGCGGAAACCCCCCGAGGAAGACACGGAGUGAAUCUGCUCCUGCUCGUUCUAGCCCAAAGUCAACUGGGGCUGUGCCGUUGGACGAACGGCCAUUGCCGGUCGCGGCGCAGGACGCCGCCCUGACAGAGACGGCGCGAUCGUCUGCGCCCGCGACACCUCAACCGCAACCUGCAGGCGUUCCUCUUGUGAGUUCCGUCGCGUUGGGGAAUGACUCGUUAGCGGAAACGCCACCUCGUGUGGAUGCGCCGUUUUCUCUGCAAGAAGACACGGAUGGUGAUGAGGGCACCAACGUCGGUGGUGACGCCGCGGCUUCCGCUGCACCCGAUGCACCAGAUGCCACAUCUUCAGUGGCGCGAAGACUGACCACCGUGAAUGCAAAAAGUUCAGUCCAGCCGGAGGAGGCGCUGAGGGGCAGCGCAGUUGCUGUGGCGGUGGAGAAGCAAAGUACAAGUAAUGAAGCCCAAGAAACCCCUAAGCAAAGCGCCGUUUCGCUGGGCUUGACGGAUGACGGCAGACGCGAGAACCCUCCUGUGGACGAUGCGUUGCCAAGUGCUGGCAGCGAUGCCACCGACCCUGCGGCAGCAACAGCCGCUUUUGCUUCGGCCCCGACUUGGGAUGAUUCCCAACCGUGUGAUGAUGACGCUGCCGUACAGAGGCGCGUCGUAAAAAUUCCCUUGAACAAUGUGUCUCGCUUCAAGAACGUUGCCUCUCGCUUGCAGGCGGACUUGCAUAAGGCGGAGGAGCUGCCAAGGUGCCGCUUUUGCAACCGAACCUUCAACGUUGGACGCCUGGCGAAGCACGAGGAUGUAUGUCUGGAGCGCAAUAAACCGCGCCCCCGCAAUUCCGCCUCCGCGGACCAUCACCCGCUGGCUCCCGCUGCCGCCCAUGAGGCAAACAAGAAACAUGGACGUGACACUCCUCGUGGCGGGCGCACCGGGUCUGGGGCCGGGCGGCAGCAGCAGCAGCCGCCGCCGCCGCCGCCGCCGGAAGACGCGUCACCUCCAACCGCGUCCGCCCCCGGCGUUGCCACCGCAAAAAGUGCCCGCUCUCCCCCGCAACCUAAGAGCGGGACGGCGAUGCGGCGUGGCUCCACUGAGGGCAAAAAGCUGCGAUUUUGCUUUGAGUGUGGUGUAAAGCUUCAUGCCGGGACUCAACGGUUCUGCGCGGAGUGUGGGACAAAACUAAUUUUGUAG